AUGCAGAGAAUAUUAGAGAAGAAACACUUCAGAAACAAACAGAAAGAGAUAGAAUACAUUUCGAAGAAAUUGCAAUCUUACGAUUGGAAGACUUACCCUCAUAGAUGUCUUCUUAUUUUAGAUGACUUUGCUUCUCAUCCUUUGUUAAAGAACAGAGAACAAGAUAUGUGUCGAAUUCUUAAGAAGCUCAGACACUUUAACAUCUCAGUUGUCAUUUGUGUACAGACAGCAAAGAGUUUAAGUAAGGAUGUAAAGAGAAUACUUACUGAUAUCAUACUUUUCCCUGGAUUGUCCGAAGACGAUUUCAUGGAACUUAUGAAAGAGUCCAUGGCAGGUAAGUUUGACAGACAUGAACUAUGGGAGAAGUACAAAGUCAUACAAGACCCUCAUACUUCUUUCAGAAUUCAUAUCUACGCGAACAAAGUUCAAAUUGUAAAAAGUCAAUAA